AUGCACAUUGCGCGAGUGUGGGAGCGCUACAGCGAGAGCUCCAACUACUUUGGCGGCAUCGUGGCAUUCACGCGCCAGCAGUUUGUUAAAGUCAAUGGAUUUCCCAAUAACUUUUGGGGCUGGGGUGGAGAAGACAAUGAGCUUUAUAGUCGCGCGAUGCGCAAGAAACUUAUCGUCCAAACACCAUCCAAGAACGUAGCGGGGGACAUUUACAUGGAGGGAAUGGAUGCGUGA